AUGGUACUUGCCUUGGGACAGUUUACCAAACAGUGCAUCGAUGCUGGCCCCUCCUGUCCCCUCUUUCGCCCCAACAUUUCUUCCGACUCGUUGUACGACCAAAUCCUACACCUGAGCGAAGAAGCCAAACGCGAGCCAAUCGUUAUGGGCCCCAACGUCACCACCGAUAUCGUCACCUACGAGAAGAUCGCUGAGGCUAGUGACACCGCUCUGCGCAUGGGUCUGGCAUCCGGGUCUUACUUGGCAGGCUAUCUCAACAGCAUCAUGAUCCGCGAUACUUCAGAGUACAACCACAGCCAGUACCUGAUCAAUCGCUCUUUCAUCGUCCAAGAUGCAGCGAUCAAUGCAGACAACACGCAGCUCAUCCGUUGCUCCGACGCCAUGUUCCGUGCUGAUGAGCUCGCCGAUAUCGAGGAACGCGUCCGGCACAUAACGAAGUUGAGUGACUGGAACAGCGAUUACGUCAUCGGCGCAUACAUAAUGUGCUCGCUGUGGAAGGUUCAGGCAAAAGAGCGGUACGAGGGCGACUUCAAGGCGAAGACUAGGUACCCUGUAUUGCUCAUCGGUUCGCCGUAUGACGUCCGCACUCCAAUCUCUGGGGCUUAUGCGGCGAAAAAGACGCUGGAUGGUAGUGUUGUGCUUCAACACAAUGGUCUCGGAGUAAGUGGAAGACCAUCUCGUGGCUCCAUGAAUGGGUGUAGUUUACUUGAGAAAGACAAUGGCUAA